AUGGCCAACCAUAUCCUUUUAUUAAUGUUGGAUAUAAUGCAAAUAUCGGUUAUCAGUUGUUAUAUUCCGUAUAUCAUAUUCUUUGUAGUGGUGUAUUCUGUAUCAUGUAUACUUUAUAGCAGGUCUAAUAUGUAUCAGAUGUCUAAUCUAUACAACACCGCUGUAUAUUUAUUAGUGAUAAUAUUACCAGUCAGUAUAAUAUGUUGUUGUAUUGGUCUGUGUAGAAGAUAUCUAUGUAAUAAUGCUAAUAAACGACAAACUCAGAUGCAACACAUAAUUACGGGACAAGUUCCAUCAAAUUCCACAACUCCAAGAUAUGUUCAAGAAGAUCCAAUACCAGCGUACUUGCAAGGACCUCCAGAUUAUACGGAAGUUAGCAUGCCACCACCUUCAUAUGAAGAAGUAAUGAAACAUACCUCAUCUUACGACACCAAAGGCACUUCCGAUUCCACUAGUUAUGAGACAUAA